AUGACCGCCGCCAACGAGGUCUUCAACCGCGUCAAGAGCGAGAAGAUCGCAGAGCAGACUCUGUGCGCCAUCCGCAACGACCAGCAGCAGUACGAGGGCCUCGCCAAGGAGAUUGUCGGCAAGGCCAUCAAGCAGAAGGAGCGCGAGCGCGCAAACCGCGCCUCGGCCGCCGCAUCCCGCGCAAAGGUCCUCCGCUACCAGACAGAGCUCGAGUCUAGGCUCAACCGCGUCGAGGCAGAGAGGAACGCCUUCCGCAGAGAGGUCGAGGACCUCCGCCACCUCACCGAAACUCCCCGCAAGCUCGGCCUCGACGCCUCACACCUCCCCAAGCUCCAGGACUUGAUUCGCAAAAUGGAGGCCGCUAAUCCCCAGUUUGUCCGCUCCGUCAUCGCUCAGGGCGAGAUGGAUAAGCUUCUCGGCGGCGAGGGCACCGAUACCGCCCCGCUCGAUUUUGAGGAGCACAAGGAAGAAGGCAAUGAUGCAAAGAGACGCCGCUUGUAAUUAUGAGAUUCUAGGAGGAUUCACUCUCUUCUAUGUUAUGUGUAGAUGGGGAAAAGAGGCACGCAAUGUGACCACACGGUGAUGCAGAAACUGAAUUGUAGAGACGCAGACAAGAGAGAGGGGGGGGAGGGAGAGAGAGAGAGAGAGAAAGAGAGAGAGAUGCUGGAGAAUUGAGUCCGGUGAGUGAACACAUGAAUAAAAUAUCAUCCCGUCUAUGUUGUGAGUAA